AUGACGAGCUUGCGAAUAUCCACCUUUGAUAUCUUGAAUCAGUCCAUCUUGGCCCCGGGUGUGGCCUUUGACUUCCUCCAGGAAAGCAAUGUCCGCGUUCUCAACUCCGCCUACUCGGCUCCUCAAGCAAGGGGACUUCUCUAUGUCCCCGACUCCAGCGGUCUAUGCGCUCAGUCUCUGCCCCAGAAUGUCACCAGAUACAACCAUCUGCCUGUUAAUACAGAUCCAGUCGUCGCGAUAGCUCCUUGGCUCUCUCCUUCCUGUACCUUGAGCUACCUCCAAGCUGCCUCUAAUGACCUUGUUUCUGCCUUUGUCUUUUAUGUCCCUGACCAGACAAACCCUCCGCUUGCUCCCGCAAAAUCCGCUAUGUGGGAUCUGGGCGACGGCGGUCACUGGCGAUCCGUCACUGCCUAUCCAGUCUAUGCUAUCGCCUCGCAGGUCGGCGGCAUGGCUGUGUCUCAACUGGCUCUCUAUUCUGGCAACACUGCUCCAGACAACCAGCUUCGUCUCUGGAUCGACAUUACCACCACUAGUGGCGGAAACAAUCUUCCUAGCAUCUGGAUCUUCUUGUUGAUAAUUCUGGCCAUUCUGGUCGCUCUCAUCGGCACCUUGUCUUUGACCAUGCACAUGAUCCAGAGGAAGAGGCGGAACGACCUGCGUGCCAGAAUAGCUCGGGGCGAGGUCAACAUCGAAGCUCUAGGUCUUGGAAAGCUCACCGUACCUCAGGAUAUCAUUGAUCAGAUGUACACUUACACGCCCUCUACCAACACUGCCAUGCCCAAAGGCUCGUCGCAAGGUCCGCCACCUCUUGAUCAGUCUACUUGCGCUAUUUGCUUGGAUGACUUUACCGAAUCCGAAAAUCCGGUACGCGAGCUCCCGUGUCGUCACGUGUUUCACAAUCAGUGUAUCGAUCUAUUCCUGCUAGACACGUCAUCCAUGUGUCCUCUGUGCAAGCAGUCAGUCCUGCCAAAAGGUUACGUGCCUGGCAAGAUCACAAAUGCCCAUGUUAGAAGAGAGAGAUAUCUGCGGCGGAAUGCAGCCCGACGGGCCCGCCAUGCCGCUGCAAGUCAAACACCCAAUGCCAGCAAUCUCAUGCUGUUUGGUCCACACGCUCGAGCCUCCGCCAGGCCCAGUGUACCGCCUCCUACCCAUGCCCCUCCGAUAGAGAUGACGCCUAUACCGGAGCACAACGAUACGCAUGCGCCUCAGGUCACCCCAGCCACCGCUCAGGGCCGAAGGGAGUGGGCACGGAGGCGUGCUCUGGCUAUGUCAGGACUUCAGGAUGCCUCUGUCGACGAGACUGAGUCAGAACCCAGGACCUCAAAAGCACGUAAACUCUUGAGAAGAGUAUUCCCCAACUUAUGA